GUUGUGUAAGAGUCUAAUUGGAAGAGGCAUUGGUAGAUGUCACUUUUGAGAGUUGUUUAAUGUCACAGUUUGUCAGCUGACUUGGUCUCGUGAAGUUUUGUGAGAAUAAAAUCGAAAAAUGUCGUCGAAGGAUAGGCUGGCAAUUUUCCCUUCCAGAGGGGCCCAAAUGUUAAUGAAGGCGAGGCUAAAAGGUGCCCAAAAGGGUCACAGCCUUCUAAAGAAAAAAGCUGAUGCUUUGCAAAUGAGGUUCAGGAUGAUCCUCAGUAAAAUCAUAGAGACCAAAACUCUUAUGGGAGAAGUUAUGAAGGAAGCCUCAUUUUCUCUUGCUGAAGCUAAAUUUGCUACUGGUGACUUCAAUCAGGUCGUGUUACAGAAUGUCACCAAAGCGUGGUUGAAAAUCAAAACCAAAAGGGACAAUGUUGCUGGUGUCAACCUGCCAGUGUUCGAGUGGUAUGAGGAUGGUACAGAUCCAAACAUGUUGGCUGGUUUGUCCAGGGGUGGUCAACAGUUGACGAAGUUGAAGAAGAAUUACCAGAGUGCAGUUAAACUAUUGGUGGAGCUUGCUUCACUUCAAACUUCUUUCGUCACUCUGGAUGAUGUUAUCAAGAUCACCAACAGGAGAGUCAAUGCCAUAGAACAUGUUAUCAUUCCAAGAAUUGAACGCACAUUGGCCUAUAUUAUUUCGGAGUUGGAUGAAUUGGAAAGAGAGGAGUUCUAUAGAUUGAAGAAGAUCCAAGAUAAGAAAAAGAUAAUAAAGGCGAAGGCUGAGCAAGAUAAAGCCGAUCGUCGUGCUGCCGGUUUACUGGCAGAAAACGAAGCAACUCACAAUCUUCUUGAUGAAGGAGACGAAGAUUUGUUGUUUUAAAUGUAUAAAUAGUUGUGGAACUACAAAAAAAUACUUGUACAUUCUGUCUAUGUUACUCUAAGUGAUACUCUUGAAAACUGUUAAACAGUAUUUAUAGUUUUGAUUGUUAAUUAGUUUAGGUCCAGGCGUGCAAUAGAUUUGCUUGAAAAUUAUUCCAUUUUAUAUAGGAUAUUAAGUUCCAAUAAUUGUACAGAUUACAAUAUAUAUGUAUGUACAUAUAUAUCUAUUGUCACAAUAAAGUAUAAUUAAUAAAAUUAUUGUCUUUAUA